CUCCUCCAUCAUGAUCCACAAAUUCUCACACUGAUUUCCUUCAAUUCAGUGUUCCCAUCGGAAAUCGCUUGUUUCCCCCAGUAUCCGGCCGGCAGCGACUUCUGGUUCCUCUGCUAGCAACAUUUCUGGUAGUUCUUCUCCACAGUCGGUGGCAAUCCUAAGCAGGAAACUGCAUGUCGAGGUCAAGAUGAUAACCGGAGCUUCCCCUGUCCAGAUUGCAGACCCAUCGCCUACUACUUCUCCGGUGACCUUUCUCUAAGCUCCUCCGGCUCUUCCGAUCAUGGGUUCUACUUCUUCUCCUACUCCGGCGAACACCCCAGCAAAGUCUACCUGGGCUGAUAUUGUUGUCGAUUCUGGAAAAGUUACUUUAUCUUUUCAUCCGCCUGAAUUUCGGAAUGGUAGAUUAGUAGUUCCUGAUGAUGUUCUUGCUGUGGGUUUGAAAUCUUGGAACAAUUGUUUAGUGGGCAAUAAUACCUUGCUGUUCCAAAUUCCGGAUCCUGCAAGUAGAGAGUGGGUUCUCCAUUCCAAGAUUCCAUGGCAUGCGUCUCAAAGAACUCUGUAUCUCCAGCCAUGGAAACCUGAUCUGGAGUUAUCCAAGAUUAAACCAUCGGAGAUGCAACUCUGUGUUAAAAUUUGGGGAGUUCCUAUAACUUUGUACACCCCUCAGGGGCUAGGACAUGUAGCUAGUGCCAUCGGAGCCCCUGUCUGUCUUGAUAACGCCACAGAAGAGCGUGUUCACAUCAAUUAUGCACAGUGUUCCCAUCGGAAAUCGCUUGUUUCCCCCAGUAUCCGGCCGGCAGCGACUUCUGGUUCCUCUGCUAGCAACAUUUCUGGUAGUUCUUCUCCACAGUCGGUGGCAAUCCUAAGCAGGAAACUGCAUGUCGAGGUCAAGAUGAUAACCGGAGCUUCCCCUGUCCAGAUUGCAGACCCAUCGCCUCCUACUUCUCCGGUGACCUUUCUCCAAGCUCCUCCGGCUCUUCCGGUCAUGGGUUCUACUUCUUCUCCUACUCCGGCGAACACCCCAGCAAAGUCUACCUGGGCUGAUGUUGUUGUCGAUUCUGGAAAAGUUACUUUGUCUUUUCACCCGCCUGAAUUUCGGAAUGGUAGAUUAGUAGUUCCUGAUGAUGUUCUUGCUGUGGGUUUGAAAUCUUGGAACAAUUGUUUAGUGGUAGAGAGUUGGGUUCUGCAUUCCAAGAUUCCAUGGCAUCCGUCUCAAAGAACUCUGUAUCUCCAGCCAUGGAAACCUGAUCUGGAGUUAUCCAAGAUUAAACCAUCGGAGAUGCAACUCUGUGUUAAAAUUUGGGGAGUUCCUAUAACUUUGUACACCCCUCAGGGGCUAGGACAUGUAGCUAGUGCCAUCGGAGCCCCUGUCUGUCUUGAUAACGCCACAGAAGAGCGUGUUCACAUCAAUUAUGCACAGGUAUGUGUUGAAGUGGAUGCAGACAAAGUUGCAGAUCUUCCAUCCUUGAUCCCUAUUGAUGGUGUGAACCAGCAACCAAUAGAGCUUCUCUUUGAGUGUCCAUGGCUUCCUGUGCAUUGUGGAAAUUGCAAGAAGGAAGGGCAUCUUAAAAGGGACUGUACAAAGAAAUUACAAAGGGGACCAACCAAGAAACAAGAAUGGAAAGUAAUCUCAAGGAAUAAGACAGAUGAAGAACUCGAGAAAGUGGCUACUGUUGCUUCCACUUCUCAUUCGAGCUUUGCUAGGAGCAAAAGAUGUGAAUUGUAGAAGGGCAGAUAGUCAAUGGCUCAAAGACUUGCUACAAUUCCAAUUGCCAGAGUAUCUAUAUACUCACACAACCAGUGACUGCAACAAAAAUUAAGGCUGUUGAAGCUGUUGUGUUCAACAGCCUUGGAAAUAAGGCGCCUAAGCCUAA